ACUGACCACAUUUACCUCAAAUUUUCAAAACCUCCGCACCAACCCCCGCUCUGCCGCUCCGGUCAAUCGCCAUGCUGAGCUCCCCCUUGCUAAAUUUUCCAAGAAAAACCCCUGGGAACUGCUGUAUAUGUAAAUGACACAUGCGUUGCUGAGGACCUGCCCCCUACAUCUAGUUAUUUUGCCCUGAUAGGUGAUGUGCAAGAAUAAACAUUGUCAUAAGUCAAUAAAAUGGCUGAUGUAGUGAUGGAAAAUAACUCUGUAAAGGGACGAACAAGAUUUAAGUCAUGAGGGAUUUUGUAGACAACAACUUGCUGUUGCUCAUGUUUUCUUGCUUUUCCUCUGCUGUGUCCUCUUCUCUUUAUUCCUCCUCUUGUCAGUUACAGGAACAGUUUAAUCUAAUUGGGAUGCACAAAACUGGAGAUGUGAUUCUAGGUGGGAUUUUUCCAAUCUACUUCUUUUCUGCUGAUCCUGAUCUAACUUUUACCUCAGAGCCACAGCUGCCUACCUGCUAUGGUUUUGAUAUUAUAGGAUUGAGGCAGGCUCAGACCAUGGCCUUCGCUAUUGAUGAGAUCAACAGAAACUCCAACCUGCUGCCUAAUGUGACUCUGGGAUACAGUCUGUAUGAUAACUGCAUCCAACUAGGAAUUGGAUUUCGUGCAGCACUGGCCUUAGUCAGUGGUCAAGAAGAAGAAGUGACAGUAGAGGAGAACUGUGAAGGAACUCCUCCAGUCCUAGGGAUUGUGGGUGAUUCUACCUCUUCAAAUUCUAUAGCCAUUUCUACAGUAUUAGGUUUGUACAAAGUGCCUCUGGUGAGUUAUUUUGCCACAUGUUCCUGCCUCAGUGACCGACAAAAGUUUCCAUCUUUCUUCAGGACGAUCCCAAGUGAUGCUUUUCAGGUGAAUGCUAUGAUUCAGAUUCUAAAACACUUUGGUUGGACUUGGGCAGGUCUGCUCAUCAGUGCUGAUGAUUAUGGAGUCCAUGCUGCCCGAUCCUUUCACUCUGAUCUGGGUCCAGUUGGUGGAGGUUGUCUGGCUUACACAGAGAUUUUGCCCUGGGGUGACGACCCUGCUGAACUAAGGAGAAUAGUGGAUGUGAUGAGGAAAUCUACAGCUCGAGUGGUGAUUGUGUUUGCACAUAAGACUCACAUGAUUAAUCUCAUGAAAGAGGUGGUGAGACAGAAUGUGACAGGCCUGCAAUGGAUUGCCAGUGAAGCCUGGACAUCAGUUGAUGUGCUCCAGACUCCUCACCUCAUGCCGUACCUAAGUGGAACACUGGGCAUUGCCAUCCGUCGAGGAGAAAUAUCAGAACUCAGGGACUUCCUGUUACAAAUACGUCCUGACCUACAUUACACCACUGAUAGAAAAAGUGUGAUGAAUCAGUUUUGGGAACACAUAUUUCAGUGUAGAUUUGCACCACCUCCAGCAGGUUGGGUGGAAGCUGGAGGAGAAUUAUGCACUGGACAGGAAGUUAUAGAGAAUGUGGAGAAUGAGUUAUUUGAUGUUUCAGACCUCAGGCCAGAAUAUAAUGUGUAUAAGGCUGUGUACGCUCUGGCAUAUGCUCUUGAUGACAUGCUGCAGUGUGAGCCAGGGAGAGGACCUUUCAGCAACAACACCUGUGCUCAUUUACAAAGAAUGGAGCCAUGGCAGGUUGUGCAUUACUUGGAAAAAGUCAACUUCACCACAACAUUUGGUGAUCAAGUAUCAUUUGAUGAGAAUGGUGACUCCAUACCAAUAUAUGACAUCAUAAAUUGGGUGUGGCUCCCUAAUGGAAGAACUAAUGUUCAGAGAGUGGGUGAGUUUAAGAGGUCAGCCUUCAAAGGUGAAGAACUCACACUGGAUGAAGACAAAAUCUUCUGGAACUUUGAAUCCAAACAGCCUCCUCGGUCAGUGUGCAGUGAGAGCUGUCAUCCAGGUACCCGCAUGGCCACAAAGAAAGGAGAACCUGAGUGUUGUUUUGACUGUGUCCCUUGUUCUGAGGGAAAGAUCAGCAAUACAACUGACUCGAUGGAGUGCACCAGUUGUCCAGAAGAUUUCUGGUCCAGCCCCCAGCGUGACCACUGUGUUCCUAAGAAAACAGAGUUCCUCUCCUACCAUGAGCCUCUGGGUAUCUGCUUAACAACCACCUCACUGUUUGGCACAUUUAUCUGUGUUGUUGUUCUGGGCAUCUUCAUCCAUCAUCACAGCACACCUAUAGUUCGUGCCAAUAAUUCAGAACUCAGUUUUCUUCUCUUGGUGUCACUCAAAUUGUGUUUCUUGUGUUCAUUGCUCUUCAUUGGACGACCCAGAUUAUGGACUUGCCAACUAAGACAUGCAGCAUUUGGCAUCAGCUUUGUGCUUUGUGUCUCAUGUAUCCUGGUGAAAACCAUGGUGGUUCUGGCUGUGUUCAGGGCCUCCAAACCAGGAGGUGAGUCCAGUCUGAAGUGGUUUGGUGCUAUGCAGCAGAGAGGGACAGUUCUGGUUCUGACUUCUGUUCAAGCAGCAAUCUGCACUGCCUGGCUUGUCUCUGCUUCACCAGUGCCUCAUAAAAACACCCAGUAUCACAGUGACAAGAUAGUUUAUGAGUGUGCAGUUGGGUCCACAGUUGGUUUUGCAGUUUUACUUGGUUAUAUUGGUUUACUGGCUGUCCUCAGUUGUAUAUUAGCUUUUCUUGCAAAAAACCUUCCAGACAGUUUCAAUGAGGCCAAACAUAUCACUUUCAGCAUGCUGAUCUUCUGUGCAGUGUGGGUGGCCUUUGUCCCUGCUUACAUCAGCUCACCAGGCAAAUAUGCAGAUGCAGUGGAGGUAUUUGCCAUCCUUGCCUCCAGUUUUGGCCUCUUGGUUGCGCUGUUUGGACCCAAAUGUUAUAUAAUACUGUUGAGACCAGAACAAAACACAAAAAAAGCUAUCAUGAGUCGUGGCACCACAAAGUAAAACUGGGAACACUGUUGUCUUUCUGUCUAUCCUCUGUAUUUUUAGAAUUGAGUGGUACCAAUAAAAUUAUUAAAACAAAUAAAAAAUACUAGCCAUCUCUUUAAAGUCAAUAUAUAUAGACCUGCAAAUGUGGGUCCACAGUUUAAAAUAGACAUGUAGUCUUCAGCAUAAACAAAAGGUUAAGUGUUUUGUUUUUCACCUUGGUAACUUUGGACAAAUCUUAACUCAUGAGGUCAGUACAAUAGCUGAGUUCUUCCAACUUAAGACAGUGUACCACUAGCUGCAUUUCCCCAUUCCUCAGGAACUAUGAACAUUUCAAGGUUUCAAGGUCCAUUUUAUCUGUAAUUAGAAAUCCGGAGGGCCAGAUUUGAUAAUGUGAAGAUUUCCGGGGGCCAAUGGUCCCUUCAGACUUUUUUUUAACACUAAAAGUAGCAUUCAAAUACACUGUUUUAUAUUUCUUGUAUUUUCUUUGCCGUAAUUUUCUUUGUCAGAAACAGCAAUGUAACCAAAUAUAGGCUACAUAGUAGUGAAAAAAUGAAAACAUUCUGCCUUUCCCUCACAUUUGGAGUCAGAUGUGAUCGUAUGGGCUGUACAAAAUCUGACCGCGGGCUGGCCUUUGGACAUGCCUGCUGUAGUGUAUUAGCAGUGUAUGUUAUUUCAGUGAAGAUUAGAAAUGUCCAGAAACUGGGCAUACUAUAUAUAUAUUGUAUUUUUUGGGGGAUGAGGACAAAUUACUAAAUUUUACUGUCAUGUAGCAAAUUUGAAUAAAUGUAGUUGUUCCAGUCUAA